GGUGAGGUUUUUGGGGUGGCUGUGAUGGUUUAGUGUGCAUCUCAACUGAAAGCGAAGUACUUAUAUGGAACCCGUCUACUAUGAAAUCCAAGAGAUUGCCGGAUGUUGGAACGCGGGAUCCUGAUAGGGGAAGGGACAUUUUUGAACGGGGCCCUCCAUUGGACUUGGUGGACCUUGCCGAAUGAGAUCAUUGGUUCUCUUGAUUUGGUGAAGGAGACGUAUGGACAAGUUUUGCCACCUCUUUCUUUUGAACAGGAAGUUUUGCCACCUGUGUAUCGAGAUGAUAAUUAUACGCAUCAGAAUUUGUUGGCUAUUUUGGACGGAUGCCUUUGUAUUGUCUGUAACUGUGGUUGUGCUAUCAAUGUAUGGGUAAUGAAACAAUACGGUGUUAGAGAGUCUUGGACCAAGUUGUUUUCUAUACGGACCAUACCCCCUGUGUCACAUCAAUAUUGGGAUGUUCCCCACUCCACAGUAUUUUGCAUUUUGAAGAAUGGUGGAGUUUUAAUGGAUAUUGGUAACUGCAGUUUAGUUCGGUACAAUCCUAAUCGCACAAUUAGUAGUCCUACGAUUCAUAAUUCACAAGACUGUUUUAGUGCGUAUCCCUACGUUGAGAGCCUAGUCUCGCCUGACAUUGAUGUUGACAGUGGGAUUCAAUGGAAACACCAAGACCAAAACUAAAGGUAAUAAAUGUCAAAUUAGAUGUUUGAUUAUGCCUUUCUCGCCUUUCCCAACUCUUUUCUCCAUAAAAUUUGUUUAUAUUUGUUCUUUUGUGUACCUUUAAUAAUUUAGUGAUGUACUCAACGUUAAUGUUAGAAUAAAAAUAAAGGGUUCCUUUGCUUA